AUGGCGGCUCCUGUUCUGCGUGGUCUCGAAAGUAAGCCAAAGCUGAACGGACGGACUGUCAAGCUGGUGGAGUAUCACCAGGAUCGAGGCCGAUGGGAAGUUGAGCUUGACGGAGAAUUGCCCCCGACUGAAUUGUUCCAGAUCGACUGGAAUGACGACUGGUGGGAGCCCUGCGACGGCGAGAGUGAGUCUUUCAAGACCCUGUGCAGCCAAAAAGGACCGACCGCGACCUUCAAAGAAGAGCUGGAUGGAAAGCUGCGGAAGCUGAAGCUUUUGGAGUCAACGGCAAAAAUCUCGGCCGUAGACUGCAACGGCAGGAACGUUUGCGUCUUCAAUUCUGAUGGAAGCGUCCUGCAAGAGCUACAGAAGAAACACAUUCCUCGCAAAGUUGACACGCCGAAUGAAGUUUGCCAAAGGAGUUUCCCUUUGCACUUCCAAAGAAAGGCGGUGGAAGGAAAGACCUUGGCCAUCAGGCCAUCUUCCUUGAAUGUGCGAGAGGACGACAGUGCAAGCAGAUUGAGACAGAAGAAGGUUGAGAUGUGCGUCGGGAUCCUUCAUCGAAAACCGGAGCUGGACGGGCAAGUUGGGUUGCUGGGGCCUUUCCAAGCGCACACGAACCGCUGGGAAGUACUGCCGGAUGCACGCGGUCUUUGGGACGUCAAGGUGGAUGGCUCGGCAACGGCUGUGCAACUGUCAUCCAGUGAAAUUCGUGAUGAGGCCUCUGGUGAUGGGAUCGCAGAUCCGAUUCGUGUGGGCAUGUGGCCAGAACAUGACCAAGAACGGGCUCUGUAUGCCAAUGUAGCAUUUCGGCAGGGCCAAAUAAUCAUGGAGGAGGAGCCAGCUCUUGUCGGAAACACUGCCGAAAUAGUGAAGUUGAUGCAGCAGUCCAAGAAGCUUUCACCGGAACAACGUGAGCAGCUCAGUCAGCUGAGCCAGGGGGCAGACUUCGUGCGAAGUGGCCGUGACGGGAACGAGAAAGUCACGGAAGCGGACUUCCUGACAGUGUUCAAUGGCGACGGGAGCGAGGAUUCCAGAAGCUCGGCUGACAAAGGCUUGUUGAAGUCCCUGUUCUCAUUCAUGAGGACUUUCGUCACGAAUUCCUUCUGGCACCACCGAGCCGGAGCGAGAGGGCUAUAUCUGCAGCUCGCAAGAGUGAAUCACUCAUGCAGGCCAAAUGCCAUAGUAGGCGAGCCGAAAGCUGAGUUCGAUGCAAAGAGGUUGCCGAAUGGCAUCAAGCCAGCAGACCCCCUCAAGAAGGCUCUCAUUGCUAUUCGCGACAUUCAACAAGGUGAAGAAAUCACCAUCAGCUAUCUAGGCGACGAUGAACUUCUGCAGCCAUCCCACAUUCGUCGCGAGAUGCUUGAAUCCAGCUAUGGAUUCAACUGCACUUGUCAUCGCUGCAUCGACGAGGACGAUGAUGGACUGCUACGCACCUUUCGAUGUGCCAACUGCGGCGGCGGGAUGCAUGCUGGAACACGUUCAGGUCCAAAGCGUUUUCCGUCAGUGUCGCCGGAUCUUUGGAGUGUGGGCCUUGACCACGACAGCGGAAUGUCACUGCGUAGGGGCCGCACAGGAGACGCAGUGGCAUGGGGCAGCUUCCAGGAUGCAAUCAAUUCCACAGGAUGGGCAGUCCUUGAUGUGCAUACAACGUCCCGGGCAAACGGGAACACGCAAAGCUAUGCUGCGGGAUACCUGGAAGGUGCACUGACUCACACCCGCAUCACGCAACACUUGCAGAAUAUGUGGGGUGUGGACUUCAAAGGCUAUGCAACAGGCACAGUCCCUCAGAAAGUUCGGGAUUUCGUGUCGGCAAACAUGGAAUGGAUGGUAAACCAGGUGAAAGACAAUCCUUCCGAUAACUAUUGGGUUACAGUCGGCUACUUGCUGGCACAACUCCACGGUCUUGCUGAUGGAUAUGAGGCUGCACGAGACCAUCAGCAAGGUGAGCUGCCAUUGACGGUCGAAGACAUGCUUAUGCUCGUUAUGGUGGACACCGACAUGGAUGACGUUGUCACGGCGGUUGUGGCCGAGGGUCAUUUCAUCAACGAGCACUUCCUGCACCGACGCCACAAGCGUCGGCACAGGAUGUUUGAUCCAUUCCCGGAGUUUUUUGAAGUCAGUAGAAGGCAUCAUGGGCACUGCAGUGCACUGGUGCAGGUAGCACCGAACUUCGAAGACUUGUGGGUCUCCCAUGCAACAUGGGACGAGUACCGGGGCAUGCUCCGAAUCAUCAAGUACUUCGAUAUGCCACUGCCUGGCACGGCAGUGCAGCGCAUGGCCUUCACAGCAGAUCCAGGCGGAUUGUACAGUGCCGAUGACUUCUAUGUGCUGGAUUCUCAACUGGUCGUUAUGGAAACAACCAUCGACAACUAUAACAGGUCGUUGUGGUCAAAUGUGAAGCCGGAGACUCUGAUGACCUGGGCAAGGACAAUGGUAGCCAAUCGUCUUUCGACGAAUGGUGCUGAGUGGACCACAUAUCAAGUUCGAGAUAACAGCGGCACCUGCAACAACCAGUGGAUGGUUGUCGAUUACAAGCGCUUCGUACCUGGUAGUGAAUUGAAAGAUGGAGUGCUGUGGAUCUCGGAGACAAUGCCUGGGCACUCGCAGACGGGCGAUGUGACCCAUGUUCUGCGAAACCAACAUUCGUGGCCGAGUUACAACAUACCUUUCUUCACGCACAUUUGGAAGGUUGGCGGUUAUGAACACUUGCAGGCCAAGAGUGGCUCGGAUGACUUCAGUUUCGAGCAGUGCCCACGCGCUAAAAUGUUUGAGCGGGCCCGCAAGCAGGGCUUCGGGAACUCUCUGGAGUCAUUGAUGGCUCUGAUCAGAUACAAUCGCUUGGGUGAUCCGUUGGCACUUGGGGAUGCCUGCAAUGCGAUCAGCGCAAGAUGUGACCUCAAUCCGCAGAAGCACGUGAGCUACGACUGUUUCGGGGCGAUUGAUGCAAAAGUCGCAAGCUGGAGAUCGAACAGACACGACCUUUCCUUCCUGGCAGUUUCCUCACCAACACGCAGCCAUGGUGAGCAACCGUUCGCUUGGAGCAGGGUGAACGACAAGCUCGACGGCUGCAAGCCUGAGAACCACAUCGGGCACCCAGCUACCACGACAUUGAAGCGACAAAACGUCGCAAUUCGCCCUUGCACAGGCCUUGCACCAUGCAACGCUUGUGGAUCGCCUGCUGCGGAAGACGAGAAGCUGGUAGCAGCCGAGCAAGAACAGGAACGCAUCUUUGCCGACCACUGCAAGAUGAUCUCCGAAAAACGGAAAGAUCCAAAGUUGCUGGUCGACAUGGCCAAGAUAUGCGCUGAAAUUGGGUUGGCCCCUAACCACUGGUUGCUUUGCAAGGUGCAUCACAUGCAGGCCUGCUUCUUCGCCCAGGCUGGUGAGGCUUCCCGAGCUGUCGAAAGCCUGGCUGGAAUUCUCCACUUGCACGAGAAAGUGUUUGGAUCUAUCAGCCUUCAGAAGACGGAGCUGCUGGGCGACCAGCUGCUGCAGCAAGGCGAUGCGGUAAAGGCGUUCGAUGCAUAUAUCUCUGUGCUCAAGGUGCUGAAGCUGCGAUCGCCCAAUACUCCUCCCAGCGACGAGCACUGCGAGCGCAUCCGGCAAAAGCUGCGCGCCGCUCUUGAUGGCAAGCGCAGCGACAGGGAAGAGACUCGGAGUGGUGGCUAUCCUUAG